AUGCAUGGAUAUAAUGACGUUGUCAUAGCUGUGUUUGUAGGCUGGGUCCUGCUACUGGAAGCUGUGUUGGGCAAACAUUUCACUGACCUUUGGGCAGUACACAUCAAAGGUGGAGAGGAUGCGGCCAGGAACGUGUCGGUCAGACACGGAUUUAUGUAUAUAGGACAGAUUAUGCCAGAUUACUACCAUUUUCAGCAUCGUAAGGUGGCGAAACGAUCGGCGUAUGCCAGCGCACAUUUCAACCAACCGCUAACGGAUGACAUUGACGUUUUAUGGGUGGAGCAACAAAUAGCAAAGACUAGAGUCAAGCGAGGUUCUCAGUUCAAUGAUCCUAAAUGGCCUAUCAUGUGGUACUUGAAUCGAGGCACAGGCCUGGACAUGAACGUACGUAAAGCAUGGGAGAUGGGAUAUACGGGUAAAGGUGUGGUUGUGACGAUUCUAGACGAUGGAAUAGAGAAGGACCAUCCUGACCUCAGCAGGAAUUAU